GAUGGCACGUGGUCGUCUUCGCGCUCUACGCUGACGGUGCCACGGAGGCCGUGUGCUAUCAGCACCCAGGAUGAGGUGACCAGCCCAUACUUGAACUCGGGGGGCUCCGAUGCUUCGACGGUCGCCGUGCCCGCAGAUCCGAGGUUCCAGUCCCUUCUGACAGCCAAGAGCUGCCAGGCGACUCAGACAGAGCUGCACGAGGCUCCGCCGUUGCUGGAAGAGCUCUCCACAGGUGUCAGCGUGGGCGACAGCUGGACUUGGACGAGCAGGCUCAAGGCCAAAGAGGCACUGUCUCCCGAGCCGUGCUUUCAGAGGGAUGCUGUGUUCGAAGACUGCUUAGAGGAUGACGUGAGGAUG